AGUAUUGGGAGAACAGAAGGCACAGAGCAGAGAGUCAGACCGGAGCAUAACAGAGUAGAAAAUAUAGGGAAAGGGGGCAGGGGUCAGGCAAAAGCAAGACAAACUUUCCAUAAUCAAAAGCAAACCCAGCUCACUGGUUCUGGACUCCAGAUCCAGUACUCAAUCCACGCACAGAUACCGUCCUGCUUCAACAUGCUUACAUAUCCAAAAAAUGAUUAGUCCGGCAUGAUUAAAACUUCUCUUUAUUAGUACAAUUUAAAGGGCUUGUCCAAGUUAUUUUUAAUUCUGACCUAUCCGAUCAGCUGAAUGACGAGAAGCUGUGAGCUGUACCAGUGCAGCCAUUCCAUCAUUGCUUACCUGCGCGCCGUCAACAGUGCCGUGUAACUACAAGCUGUCCCAUGAAAUGAAUUUCUAUACAAGUGUAUACCACAGAGCCAUCCACAGAAGUGAUCGCUACAGAGCCGCCCAUGGAAGUGAUCGCUACAGAGCCGCCAUGGAAGUGAUCGCUACAGAGCCGCCCAUGGAAGUGAUCGCUACAGAGCCGCCCAUAGAAGUGAUCGCUACAGAGCCGCCCAUAGAAGUGAUCGCUACAGAGCCGCCCAUGGAAGUGAUCGCUACAGAGCCAUCCAUGGAAGUGAUCGCUACAGAGCCGCCCAUGGAAGUGAUCGCUACAGAGCCGCCCAUGGAAGUGAUCGCUACAGAGCCGCCCAUGGAAGUGAUCGCUACAGAGCCGCCCAUGGAAGUGAUCGCUACAGAGCCGUCCAUAGAAGUGAUCGCUACAGAGCCGUCCAUAGAAGUGAUCGCUACAGAGCCGUCCAUAGAAGUGAAUGGACAGUUUCUUGUCACGAUGUAGAUGGUGAGCAGGUUAACAAAGAAGUGAGGGCAGCGCUGACACAGUGCGCCGCCUACUCUUCAACCAGCUGAGGAUAGGUCAUCAAUGAAAAUAACUUGGACAACACCUUUAAGAAUCCAUCUUUGGACUCGCCACCACUUGUCCCCGUUGCGGCUUGUUAUUGCCUGCACCGACCGCCGCCGGAUGUUUUGAGCUGCGUGUCGGAGAUGCAGCAGUGGACCUGCAGGGAUACGGAGCGACGCAGGGGGUAGGUAUCACCUAUAGGAGGGGCCCGGGCAUUGUGGGGGGCAUUUUUAGAAGUGGAUGACCCCUUUAAGACAUCAAAUGUGUUAAUGGGGUUGUCCAAGUUGCUUUUUUGUUCUUUGUAUGUUUCUAACUAAACGUACGGGGUUUACGAUUCACUUCCCUCAUUUCCAGUCGCGCUUUUCUCAUAUUUCACUGAGGGUCACAUGACCUGUGAUGUCAGCUUCCUUCCAUGCUCUGAUGAGGUUCUGAGCACAAGCCUGGGCUGUGGGAGGAGCAAGUCUGUGCACUGAGCAUCACUGUGAAGGCUAUGCUGGCUGGAGCAGCAAGCCACGCCCCCUGCACUGGCCAAUCUGCAGGCCACACCCCCUGCACUGGCCGAUCUGCAGGCCACACCCCCUGCACUGGCCGAUCUGCAGGCCACACCCCCUGCACUGGCCGAUCUGCAGGCCACACCCCCUGCACUGGCCGAUCUUCAGGCCACACCCCCUGCACUGGCCGAUCUGCAGGCCACACCCCCUGCACUGGCCGAUCUGCUGGCCACACUCCCUGCACUGGCCGAUCUGCUGGCCACACCCCCUGCACUGGCCGAUCUGCUGGCCACACACCCUGCACUGGCAGAUCUGCUGGCCACACCCCCUGCACUGGCCGAUCUGCAGGCCACACCCCCUGCACUGGCCGAUCUGCAGGCCACACCCCCUGCACUGGCCGAUCUGCAGGCCACACCCCCUGCACUGGCCGAUCUUCAGGCCACACCCCCUGCACUGGCCGAUCUGCAGGCCACACCCCCUGCACUGGCCGAUCUGCUGGCCACACUCCCUGCACUGGCCGAUCUGCUGGCCACACCCCCUGCACUGGCCGAUCUGCUGGCUGAGCUAUCUGCCCUGUGUCUCCCCUCCCACUGGAUUAUUCAGCACAGUUUAACCCCUUCUACCAUCAGCAGCACAGACUCUGCUGAGCAGCUGCAGGGCUUUCUCUUCUCCAGGCAGCGAGGAGACAAAUGCUGUGCACAGGUGUAAGCUGUGUUCUGGGGUGGGCUCCCCAGGAUACAAUGAAGUCACGUGGUGGGCUCCCCAGGAUACAGUGAAGUCACGUGGUGGGCUCCCCAGGAUACAGUGAAGUCACGUGGUGGGCUCCCCAGGAUACAGUGAA